CCACGUCAGCAGGCCCCCAGCUUGGUCUAUGCUUUUGAGCUCGCAAACAGCCGCCAUGGACCAGAAGUCCGGGGAAACGGACGGAUGCUGCUUCUGAUUACCGAAGCUACGCAACGGUCGGAUGCAGUAUCAGCCGCAGCAAAGCAGAAGGCAGAGGACGCCGAGAAGGCACGUCAGUUGGCAAUUGAACAGCAGCGCCAGCACGAGGAGGCAGCAGCAAAGGUUGUCGAUGAAGAACGGGUUCAACGUCGCGAGAAGAUAUUCAGCGGAGAGCGUGCUUUGCUCACAAUGGCAGCGGAUUGGCGGACCGAGGCCGAGAAUGGCAAGAUGGAAGAGAGUGAAAACAAGAUCGCUCUCCUCCUCUCCAAUCUCACAGACCUCCUAGCAACAUGCAUUACACAGCAGGAGGACAUCCACAACCUCGACGACACAUUGGCUCAAGACGGCGUGCAGUUACAGCAAACCGCAACGCAACAAUUGGAGCAACGGAUUUGUACUGCCGCCAACCACUCGAGCUCGGAACCGCGCGAGACAACUCCAAAGUUCGAUGGGCAGGAGAUCUUCUGCGACUCGACGAAGAUGGACCCGAUUCCAUGGUUCCGCAAAUUCGAGCUCACGUUGCACCUACACUACGUCAGCGAGCCCAAGCAUCACACAUACUUAUACUCCCGCUUGGGGGGCGCGUGCCAAGCAUGGCUGGACAAUCUCCUGUCCAAGUAUGGAGUGGUGGUUGCCGACUUGCAUACCAAGAUCAGCUGGGGGGAUCUAAAGGCGGCAUGGCAUAAGCGGUUCCAAGUAGAGCCGCCGGAGAUCAAGGCAAUGGACAAGUUGAUGGUCUUCGAACAAGGCACGCUGCCGAGUGUUGAUUGGAUUGCCGAGUACCAACGCUUGACAUCCGUCCCAUACAUCCAAAUGGGCUUCAAAGCCAUCAAACGCUACUUAAUCUCGACGUCGUGUCCGACGUUGGACAAUGCCUUGACUCACGUCGAGGACACCCUGGCGACACCGGCAGAACUCUUCGACAAGGCCACACAUAUUAUUGUCACGAACAAGGAGGCCAAGAAUCUCCAGCGUUCGUCUGCGCCAGGCCUGAGCAGAGAUCAACAUCGACCGAAAGUGGUCGUGGUCGUGGCGGUAACGCCAAACGACCAAACUAGCGAGGCCGUAUCUGCCAAUGAAGGGGACAGACUCGCAGCCACCCGGGAAGGUGGCCGCCCCAGCAAAGGCCGAGGAUGCGGCAAGGCGAAGACAAAGACCACAUCUAGCCCCAGGCCCGGUGCAGCAGCUCCAACCCCAUGGUCCCAUUACGGUCUCUCCAAGCAAGCAUACAAGGCACGCACAAGAUUCCGCUAUUGUCUGUGGUGUAACAGCGAUCUCCACGACACAAUGGCGUGCCAGUCGAAAGGCAAGGCUUUUGAGGACUGUGCUGCCCGGCUCGUUCCUACGCUGGGUACUCUUGCUCAAGGACAAGACGUGUGUGCGACAUCUUCUCCGUCCGGGAGCGACGACUUAUCGUUUUCAAGUGGUUCUUCACGGGAUUCGGCGCGCGAGUUCAACAUAGAGGUAUUGGACCCGCUCACGUCCGAGGAUUUCGCAUGGCUUCCUCUCCCCACCACGAGCCGCUUGCAGGGACCGCAAUGCGCAACACUAUGUGCUCAUCUUCACACGUACUUAUCCUUCUAUGCACCACCAACUUCGUCGACGGAUGACGAAGUCGCGGUGGGGGACAUCCUUGCAUAUGUCACCAAGGUGGCCCACAAGUUUCGCAAUCAGCGGUACGACGACAACAACACAACGCUCCUCUAUGUCCGCAUCCAAGUUGGGCAAGCAUCCUGCAGCGCUUUGCUGGAAAGCGGCGCGUCUCACAAUUUUAUGAGACAGACCUUUAUGCAAAAGGCUGGCCUUGGCGCACAAGUUCGAAGGAAGGCAAACCCGACGGCGAUCAAGUUGGCGGACGGAAGGACGCAGCAACUUAUCGACCGCUACAUCGAGGCCGUACCGGUGUAUUUCGCACCUCAUGCAUGCGAACCGGUGACAUUUGACAUUUGGGACACGGACUUCGACAUUAUUUUGGGAAUGCCUCGGCUUGCAAGUGCGGAUCACACGGUCAACUUCCACCGGCAGACUCUUACCGUUCGCAAUGCCUUAGGUGCCGAAUUCGACUUCUUUCCCGAUCACAUUCCGGGGAAGUCGAACCGUUUUGCGGAUGCUCUUUCACGACGUUCGGAUCAUUGUACCGCAAUCUAUUCAACCUUCGAGAUCGACAACGACCUGCGGGACAGCUUCAUCCGCGGCUACCAAGCCGACCCCGAGUUUCGCGACAAGUACGCGAAUUGCUCCUCUCCUAAUCCGGCGCCUUCUCACUACCAGAUCCAAGAGGGGUAUUUGCUUGUCCACACACGGGGGAAGGACCUUCUUUGCAUAUUGAGUGACCCUCACUUGCGUAUACGGCUUCUUGACGAGUUCCACGAUGCUCCCGCCACCGGACACUUUGGAGUCAAUCACACGACUGGCCGACUUCGCGAGCGAUUUUGGUGGCCCGGCCUUCUCGGCGACGUCACACGCUAUUGCGAGUCACGCGAGGUUUGCCGACGAUGCAAAUCCCGCAACCAUCAUCCAUACGGUGAGUUGCGACCAUUACCGGUCCCUUUGCGGCGAAGGGAAGCGAUUGCCAUGGACAUUACUGGCCCGUUCCCCAAGCACAAGACCGGAGUGGAUGGGAUUCUCACGGUGGUCGACCGAUUCAACAAGUUCACCAUGUUUUUGCCUUGCCGCUAUCAUGCCAAGGCACCAGAGUUGGCCGAGGUUCUCUACGCCGGUUGGAUUCGAACCAAGGGUUACCCCAAGGAAAUCGUCUGUGACCGCGACACUUGGUUCAUGUGCGCUUUUUGGUCGGCACUCAUCAAACGAUGGAGCUCAUCUCUCAAGCCGAGUUCGGCUCGCCACCCCCAAACUGAUGGCAAAACGGAGAGGGCGCAUUAGACCGCACAGGUUCUCCUUUGCACUGUCAUCUCUCCCGACCAAAAGGAUGGGGUUGAGCGGCCGUCGGAUCUCGAUUUGCCAUACAGCUC